GCUGUACAGGUGCAGGUUGUGACUGGGAAAUUUUUGCAUCAAUGGACAAUAAAGCUAAUUGCAUUCGGGUGAAGACUUACAAAAGAGAGCAUGGCUGUUUCCGGACAAGUAAAAUUUCUGCCAUGACAAUGCAUGAACUUGCAAAGUAUUGGAAAAGAAGGAUUCGGGAAACUCCUUUCAUAGCAUGCAAGUUUAUGAUGGAACAAACAUAUGCAGAGUUAAGGGUGGCUGUUCAUUUUGACAAGUGUGUGAGGGCAAAAAGAAUGAUCAUGAAAGAGCUACGAGGCAAUUUUAAAGAUGAGUAUGCCAUGCUACCUAGUUAUGGGGCUUACUUGUCAAGUCUAAAUCCUAGUAACACAAUUGAAAUUGUUAAGGAUAGGAAUGAAAAUGGUGAAUGUGUCUUCAAAAGAAUUUAUGUUUGUUUAGGGGUUGUGAAAGAAGGCUGGAAAAAUGGAUGUAGAUAUGUGUUAGGGGUGGAUGGCUAUUUUUUGAAAGGAGUCUGCAAAGGUGUGCUGUUAUCUGCUGUUGGUCGGGAUGGAAACAAUCAAAUGUACCCUAUGGCUUGGGCCAUUGUUCAGGGAGAAAACAUGGAUUCAUGGGAGUGGUUUUUCUGGUUAUUAAGGACAGAUUUGAAUUUAGACAGUGGUAAAAACUUUACCUUAAUAUCUGAUGAACAUGUGGGAAUUAAACAUGCUCGAGAUGCUGUAUUGCCUGAUUCAGAGCAUAGAAAUCUGGAGAGAGAAUAUGGUGAAACUAAGGGCAAUUUCAAAUGAAGGUUAUGCUCAAUUAAUGGAAAAAGAUGGUAAGUUUUGGUCUAGAGCAUUUUUUCAAAGUCAUUCAAAGUGUGAUUCUGUAGACAAUAACAUGUCAGAAACAUU